AUGGUCCUCCGGCGAGACAGGGGGUUGGUGCAGGCCACACGAACCCGCCGUAAAACACCAGUGCAGGAAGCACACGAUGCGAGCCGGACCAAUCGGCACGGAACUGGACAUCUUACGAGGUCCCACGAUUGGAAGCUCGGGACGUGGAAUUGCAGGUCUCUCAGAUUUGACGGGAGUAUCCGCAUACUCUCCGACAUAUUGAGGGUCCGCAAGUUCAGCAUCGUAGCGUUGCAGGAGGUUUGCUGGAUAGGCGCGGAGGAGGUACGAGAGUACAAAAGAUUGGGUUGUAGAAUCUACCAGAGCCGCGGCAAGAAAAAGAGGCUCGGGACAGCCUUUAUAGUGCUGGGCGAAAUGCUCGAUCGUGUGAUUGGGUGGACCCCGGUCACCGACCGAAUGUGCGUGUUGAGGGUUAAGGGCCGUUUCUUCAACAUCAGCAUCAUAAAUGUGCACAGCCCGCACUCAGGAAGCGAAGAUGACGAGAAGGACGCAUUUUACGAGCAGCUGAACUGGACGUACAACAGCUGCCCAAAACAUGACGUCAAAAUCGUCAUCGGAGAUUUUAACGCUCAGGUUGGCCAGGAGGAGGAAUUCAGACCGGUGAUAGGAAAGUUCAGCGCCCACGUACGCACGAACGAAAACGGCCUGCGACUGAUCGACUUCGCCACCUCCAAAAAUAUGGCCGUACGAAGUACCUGCUUCCAGCAUAACCUCCGAGAUAAGUACACCUGGAGAUCGCCACAAGGAACGGAAUCGCAAAUCGACCACGUCGUAAUCGAUGGUAGACACUUCUCCGACAUCAUCGACGUCAGGACCUAUCGCGGCGCCAACGUCGACUCGGACCACUAUCUGGUGAUGGUGAAAAUGCGCCAACGACUUUCCCUGGCGAAAAGCGUUCGGUACCGCCGCCCUCCUCGGCUGGAUCUGGAGUGGCUUAAGUUACCGGAAGUCGCAUCCCGCGUCAAGGCAGCCAUAACCAACGCAGCGGAAAGCACCAUCGGAUUUGUGGAACGAGGACGACGGAACGAUUGGUUCGACGAGGAGUGUCGAGCGAUUUUGGAGGAGAAGAAUGCAGCACGGAGGGCAAUGCUGCAGUAUAAUCUCCGUGAUUACGAAGAGGCGUAUGGACAGAAGCGAAGGCAGCAGCACCAGCUCUUCCGGGAGAAAGUGCGCCACCACGAAGAGUUGGAAUUCGAGGACAUGGAGCAGCUGCAUCGCUCAAACGAGACGCGCAAGUUCUACAAAAAACUCAACGGAUCCCGCCAAGGCUUCACGCCGCGAGUCGAAAUGUGCCAGGAUAAAGAUGGAGUGAUAUUGACGGACGAGCGCGAGGUGAUCGACAGGUGGAAGCAACACUUCGAUGAACACCUGAAUGGCGCAGAAGCAGAGGCAGGGGUCCAAGACGGCAGUAGAGAGGACUUCAUCGGUGCAGCGGGAGAAGGAGAGGAGCCAGUUCCUACGAUGAGGGAAUGUCGCGAGUACCAAGUCCCCACGCACCACCUAUUCAUCGACUUCAAAGCCGCGUACGACUCAGUCGAUCGCGAAGAGCUAUGGAAAAUAAUGGACGAAAACGGCUUUCCCGGGAAGCUGAUAAGACUGACCAGAAUGACGAUGGAUGGUGCUAGGUGUUGUGUGAAGAUAUCGGGUGCGGAAUCGGACUCGUUUCCUUCACUCGGGGGCUUCGGCAAGGCGAUGGGAUUUCUUGCCUCUGUUUCAAUGUGGUACUGGAAGGUGUUAUGA